AUGACGCUGCUCAAGAACCUGUUGGCUGUACUGGCACUAGUGUCUCUCGCUUCGGCGAAGUGCUCUGACCCUCCGGUCCGAAAAGAAUGGAGAAAACUAUCCGAUAACGAGAAAAGGUCCUACAUCGACGCAGUCAAGUGUCUCCAGACCAAGAGCGCGAGGACGACAUCGUACUUUUCCGGUGCCCGUACGCGAUACGACGACUUUGUAGCGCUACACAUCAACGCAACUGAUUACGUUCACUUUGUCGGACACUUUCAAGCCUGGCAUCGUUACUAUGUUGCUUCCUAUGAAUCAGCUCUCCGCAACGAGUGCGGUUGGACGGGUGGACAGCCAUACUGGGACUGGACCCUGGAUGCCACAGAAGAGGACUUCCUAAAGGCGCCGGUCUUCGAUCCAGUUACGGGUUUCGGCGGAAACGGAUACUACAUUGACAGUAGCAACGACACCAGCGUGCGACUGCACAUCCCUGGCAAAACAGGCGGCGGUUGCGUCACCGACGGUCCGUUCCGAAACUACACGGUCAACAUGGGCCCCAACAACUCGACGGCGUACAACCCUCGUUGCCUCACGCGGGACAUUAGCCCCUGGCUUGCUUCGCAAAAGCUGAACAUGACGAUGGUGGACAGGGCGCUUGCCGGAGAGACGUUCCAGGAAUUCGACAUUGUGACAGAAGGCCAAGUCAAUGUCGACGGCUUGACGUACCAUGGCGGCGGUCACCUUGGCGUCGGUGGAGAACUGGGCGCCAUUGGUGAUUUGUACAAUAGCCCGUCGGAUCCUCUUUUCUUCUUCCAUCAUGCCAACAUGGAUCGCAUCUGGUGGACGUGGGAAAAGCGAGAUUUCGCGACACGCGUCAAGGACAUAUCCGGACCAGACACGCAAUUUGCCUACCCGUUCAAUUUCUACGGCGACGUUGCGUAUCAGAACAUUACACUGGACUAUCAGAUGCACGUCGGGCACGCAUCGAACUCGAGCUGGGUGAGAGUGGGCGAUGUAAUGGAUAUCCAAGAUGGCGUGCUCUGCUACGAGUACGACGAGCUGUACUGA